AUGGGCUUUGACAGAUAUAUGGCUAUUUGUAACCCAAUGCACUACACCACCAUCAUGAAUAAACAAAGGUGUCUCCAAUUAGCCAUAGGUCUCUGGCUCAUUGGUUUCAUAACCUCAGUUAUACAUACCGUUUUUACUGCCAAAUUGCAAUAUUGUGAUUCACACAGGAUCUCUCAUUUCUUCUGUGAUAUCCCACCGAUGCUCAAGCUUUCAUGCUCUGAUACUUUCUUAAAUAAUAUAAUCGUCCUCACAGCUGGAGGAUUUUUAGGCUUGAGCUCCUUUGUGUUAACUGUGGUCUCCUAUGUCCAUAUAAUCUCAGCUGUCCUGAAAAUCCAGACAAAGGUGGGUAAAAGCAGAGCAUUUUCCACGUGUGCUUCCCACCUGAUCGUUGUCAUCAUCUUCUUUGGGAGUAUCAGCUUCAUGUACAUGAGGCCAACAUCUAGCUACUCACUGGACCAAGACCAAUUAGUAUCUCUUCUCUAUGCCGUAGUGACCCCUGCACUGAACCCAAUUAUCUAUACACUAAGAAAUAAAGAGGUGAAGAUAGCACUAAAAAAGACAAUAAAUAAAAUGUUAUUUGCAAAAUAA